CCUAACCUUAAGUACCUUAACCUUAACCAUACAUAACAUAAACGUCCACUCAGGCUUUCCGCUCUAACUAACAAUACAAGCUUGCCCAGCAUACAUUCUCCUACAUUUUAAUCACAAAUUACUUCUCACAAAAGUCACUAUGGAAAACGGUACAAAUAUCCAAGGUGAUGGUAAGGACCCAUCUGGGUUUUUGUCAGACAUCAUCGGCAAUCCAGUCACUGUCAAACUUAACUCAGGUGUUGUCUACAAAGGCGAGCUGCAAUCUGUUGAUGGAUACAUGAACAUCGCGUUGGAAAAGACUGAGGAGUACGUUAAUGGCGUAAAGCGAAGAACUUAUGGAGAUGCCUUCGUAAGAGGCAAUAAUGUCAUGUAUAUCUCAGCCGACUCAUGAUCUGGUUAUUUGGUUCAUUCAAAUCGGAAUCCCAGCUGGAAAAGGCAUUUUUACGUCGUUCUACGAUAGGUUGCGAAAUUGUACAAGAGGUUCUCAUUAACACCCCGGAUGCAGAGGACUUUUGGCAACACGGCAGCUAGGAAUAUCUAACUAAAUUUGAUAACAUAGAA